AUGUCGCAGAAUACCACAGACAAACCAAUCAGAAAGAGAAACCGUCCCACUGUUGUGUGUAACAACUGUAGAGUGAAGAAAACAAAGUGUGAUCGGAAAUUGCCAUGCUCUAAUUGUGAAAAAUUGGAUCUCGCCGGCUCGUGUAAUUAUAAUGGUUCUAACCCUAGCAAAAGAGUCUCUGAAGGGCCCGGCGACACGUUGAGGAACCCCUUGAUACCCUCACCUCCACAUUACCAUCAUAGUCAGCAACCUGCUCAUCCCCAGGUACCUCUUCCUGGGAUAGCCCUUCCAUUAGGAGCUGGUGCAGGACAUGCUCAAUUUCUGGCAGCGCCCGCGUACGUCAGCCAGGGAGCGUACCACACACAUAUAAUACCACCGUUAUCGCAGCCGGUGCUGCACGAUCACCAACAGCCUGGCCAUGGGUACGGCAGUGAUCCUACCGUCCAUAACGAGUUGGAGAAUCUCAAAAACAAACUAAAGGAACUCGAGGCCUCGAUAACCGUCGCUACUUUGCACAAGCUGUCCGCACCCAGCUCGGUAUCAGGCACCAGUGGUGCCCCAGUGCCACUUGCAACGUCAUUCUCGUCGGCAGUGUCGCCUUCGAUCCAUUCGUCAGCGUCUGUAGGCAUAAAUUCGAACUCUCCGAUCCAGUCAUCGGCAAGCUCCACGCCAAAUGUAGCCAAUUUGCACCGCCAGUCGAAGCAAUCGUUGAACCAUUCUCUGUAUGAGCGUCAUUCCAGGGUCGAUGAUUCCACAUCUAUGGCUAUCAACCCAUACCUAUCCGACGAGACCAUCAAUUUCUUUCUAGAUUUCUCUAUUAACGGUGCAAAUAAGAAUGGCUACAACUAUAAGCCUUUACCAUUAAUGGCAGCUACUAGGGCAGACCCGGCCAUUGAGCUUUUCUUGAAGUUUAAGAAGCAGUUGAUGAAGGAAGCAGGUGUGGUGCCCCAAGCAGCAGCAGCAGCAAAAUGUAAAGAUGCUAAGGGACAGCUGCUCGCUACACCUCAAUGCUGUUCUUCUAAAGUUCUGGGCCCUGCUAUAACUCAUUUGCAAUCAACUUUACUGAAAAGCGAUGACUUUCUUUCAAAAGUAAAGAAGGAUAAGUAUAGCAAGGAGUAUAUGCAGAAGUUUUUUGGCGUCAAUAGAGAUGUCGUUGUUGAAACAAUGAAGGAACACCAGAAUAUUAAGAAGUUUGGUAUGUCCAUUGGAGUGGUCUUCGACGACAGGAAAAUCAUGGAUUUAAAGGGCUUCAAGGAGAAAAUUCUUGCGGUUAUGCCAAGUAGAAGAAUAUUACAUGCGUUGAUUGAUAGAUACUUCUCAGUCUUGUAUCAGUUUUUGCCUAUUGUUGACGAAUAUUCUUUCAGGCCAGAGUUGAAGAGGAUAAUUGGACAAACACUGGAAUUGGUUGAAGGAGCAAAUGACAGUAUAACUAAUUUGAACCUAACUAAAAAGAGUGAUUACAUUUUCAUAUGUAUGACUCUAAUAAUGUUGAGACUAAGCUAUAUUUCUCUAUUCAAAAAUAAUCAAAGAGUAAAUGAAAGUGCAGUCCAAUAUGGUAAUAACAUGACACAGGCAGACGUGAAUACAAAGUUUUUACUAACCAAUCCAAUCAGUGUUGACACUAUUGAAGUAGCAGAAUUGUGUUUGAGAGAGUUUGAUUUUACAAGGAAAGCUAAUUUGAUUACCUUUCAAUAUAUGCUAAUGUUGAAGUCAUACAGAAGUUACUGUCCUGAGGAUGGCUACAAAAUACCCUGUCAAAGUUCUUCUUUAUUUAAAGGCUUGAUUAAUAGUCUUGCAUUUUCUUUGGGGCUCAAUAGAGAUCCUGACUUCUACAACAGUAGUGAAGGUAUGCAUGGCCGUCAUACUCCAGAAGUUGACCCUAGGAUGGAUAAUCUACGUAGAAAAUUAUGGCACUUUUUGGUUGCUCAAGACGUAGUGGACAGUAUAACUCAGGGUACUUCUGUUACCUUACAGCAUUGUGAGUAUGAUACAAAAUUGCCAUUCUCUGUCGAUGGUAAUGCCAAUGUGUUUGAUAUUAAUAUAGAAAUGGAAGUCGUUUCGAGUUUUCAGACUUUUGAAACUUUACGUCAGCUGAUGAUCGAUUUGGUUCAAGUGUUAUUCAAUCAGAGAGUGAACAUUGCGAUGCUGGAGUUCACAAAAAUUGUUUCUAGGUUCGAAAUAUUGCUUAAUUCAGAAUGUGGAAAAUUGGAGGAAUAUUUAAACCCAAGUUUCAAUUCUUCAAGGUUUUUGAAAAUCCUAAGAUUGAAAUUCCUUAUAAUAGGUAACCAAUUAAUGAUAUCUAUCUACUACCUUUUAUAUUUGUACUAUCUCAAAAAAGAUAGCAGGGAAAGAAGCUCGGGGGCUACUGUUAACAAUGGAUUCAGCAAUUUGACAUAUUUUUACUACAAAAAACUCUUGGUCUAUGCCCUUGUUAAAGUAUUGCCAUACCUACCAGAUGUGUUAGAUGAGUCCAGAGAUUACCACCAUUCAGCUUCUUCAUUCUUCAUUCUGCCUACCAUUCAAGACUUCAACCAUUCAGCAUCUUUUAUUAACCUGAUAACUGUUGCAAAAUUGUUGAGUACAAUAAAGAUUUUGAAGAACAAUCCGAGUCACGAAGAUUCCCUAAAAUCCGACUUGAGUUAUAGAAGCUACUUCGAUGGCUUGCAUAAUUUUAUGGAAGUGGUGAUUUCUUUGAGAAAAGUCAACUUGAAAGUUAUGGAUACAUUGGGUGUCAGAUAUUUCCAUGCCUGGAAAACUCGUAAGAUCCAUACCCUCUGUUUUCAAUUAUUUGAAAAGGAUAACUUUUUCCAGUAUGAUUUAGAUGUUACUAGACAUGCUGCAGCCUCGUUUGAAUUACAUGAAAUGAGUGAAAUGGCUAAAGUCUGUCAAACCACGUUAGAAUAUGUGAAUUUUGCUGCAAGGAAUGCUAAUACUAGCAAUAACGCUGAGCUUCCUAACAAAGACAUUGACGCCAGGGUUGACUCUUUUUGGCAAUAUGUUGCAUCAAAGGGGAAUGAUGAUGAAGAAGCUCCUCUUGAUGAUAUUGAAGAAGCUCAAGGUGCCGACACAACGCAGAAUAAUUACGAACGUGGGGAAAUUACGAGAAACGAUAGCAGUGCUACUGAAUCUGUUGCUACUUUAAGUGACUCCAUAUCUUUGGACAGGGACUUCGAAAAUAGUUUGGAUAAGCCCAAGGGAUCUCCAUCGUAUGCACUUCCCUUUACCCCACAGUUUGAUUUCCCAGUAGAAUACUCUGACUAUGAUUUAGGUAUUUUCAACGGUCAAUCUUUUGAUGAUUUCUUUCUGAACUAG